AUGAAGCAUCUCAUCCUCGUCGGGGCGUGCUACGUCGACACAGUCCUCAGCGUACCUCACUUCCCAGAAGAGGACCUGAAGCUACGAGCCACGAGCAUCCGCGUACGCAGGGGCGGCAACUGCCCCAACACGAUGGAAGUCCUCCAGCAACUCCUCCGCGCAGAGCACCUCCCGCAUUCGCAGACCGAGCCUCUGACGAUGCACCUUGUCUCGCCUCUGCCGGAACGUCAAUCUCAGGCGACGGCGCAAAUCAUAGCCUCGUUCCUACCGGCGCCAGAUACUGCCGCCGCCGCCGCCGCCGCCGCCAGUGCCGCGGGUAUUACAUUUGAUCAUUGCCUAUUCCGCCAAGGCCACCAGGCGCCAGCGAGCAGUUACAUCUUCCGCAGCGAGGCGAACGGCAGUCGGACAAUUGUGAACCACAAUGACCUGCCCGACAUGACGACGGACGAGUUCCUCAACGUCGUCGAGGCGUUCCGCGAUAAGGGCGGCCGAACGUGGUGGCACUUUGAGGGACGGGUUCCGGAGACGACACUGAGCUGCAUUCUAGCUCUUCGGCGGGCCCUGGGCGACGACGCAGUGACGGUCAGCGUCGAGGUCGAGAGGCCGGGCAGGGCGGGGUUGAGAGAGCUCGCUGCUGAGGCGGACGUGGUUUUCUACUCUAAGAGCUGGGCCGAGGCCUGCGGGUAUACGUCCGCUGAUGAUUGUCUGAGGAAAGAGUCGCUGUCGUUGCCGCGAACGUCGUUGGCUAUGGUUACGUGGGGUGCUGAGGGAGCAUGGUGCAUAUCACCCAAGGACCGGCAGCUGGUCAAAAGCCCAGUCGAGAGGCCGGUGAAGCAAGUCGUCGAUUCGGUAGGGGCGGGAGACACCUUCGUUGCGGGCAUGCUGUACGGAUUGAUCUGCCAGGCUGAUACUUGGGACGUGACGCACAAGUUGGGCUUCGCGGUUGCACUCGCCACGCUCAAAGUCCAGCGAGAGGGGUUUGGUGGACUGGGAGACGAUAUUCGUCGCGCUGACGGUGGGCCAUCCGUCAGGCGUUGA